CAAAGUCUAAGCUAAAUUGUAAACUGUUUAUUUAAUUAGUUUGCUAUAAAUUAAUUAAGCGGCAAUAUGUGUUGAACCCAUAGAAAGUGGAUCGUCAAAAUUCCAUGCACAAUAGCGAUACACAGUUAUUUCCAGACCAUGUGCAGAUUGCACUAUAUAUAAAGAGGCAAAUGUGCUGUUCUUCCUUCUCAUUACUCACUCUACAAAACCAUCUAUUAGCUUUCGUCCAGGAAAGAUAUGAAGAAAAAGAUAGUCAUCAAGGUAUCAACUUGUUGUGAGAAAUGCCGAACCAAGGCAAUGCAAACAGCUGCCGUGGCAGAUGGAGUAAAUUCAGUGGCAUUAGAAGGAGAUGACAAAGAUAAGCUGGUGGUGAUCGGAGAAAUGGUUGAUGCGGCAUGCUUGACCAAGGCUCUUCGGAAAAAGAUAAACUAUGCAGAAAUAGUAACUGUAGAAGAGGUGAAGCCAAAGCCUGAUCAGCAAAAGCAAAAUGUUGAAAAGAAACCAACUCCAACACCUUGUUGCCAUGGAGGACCACCUCGUUGUGAAUUGGUUAAUGUGGUUUAUGAUCCGAACCCAUCACCUUGCACAAUCAUGUGAAGAUAAAUUUUAAUGUCUUUUUUCCUUUUAAUUGUAGAAAUAAUUAAUGGUGCUUAGUUUAAUUUUCUGUAAGGACAUAUAUAGGGAGGGAGUUGGAAAUAGUUGUAGGUUUGUUGGACGUAAUAACAUUUACCUUUGCUUGUGUUCUGAAAAA